CCAGAGCUGCUUAGGGCAAAUCCACAGAAUGGCAGAGAUGGAAUUACUGCAGCCGAGAGGAGCCCGAGGAACAGCCCUGCAGGGAGGAGGGAGGGGCACGAGGGGAGCCCGUGGGGGUCCCCGGGGAGCAGAGACCCCUCCUGCAGCCCUGCAGGAGCCCCCGGCCGAGCAGGGGAUGCCUGAAGGGUGCUGUGAGCCCGUGGGAAGCCCCCACUGGAGCGGUUCCCGAGAGGGGAAGGGCCCCAGCCUGGGGCAGAGCUGCAGCCCACGGCCUCUCCCCAGCCUCUCCCCUCUCUCUGCCCCCACCAAGUGCCGCCUACAAAUGGGUACCUCACUUCCUUCCUCUUUGGCCAAAGAGCCACCACCCAGGGGACAGGGGGGCCUGGCAGCGAGUGACAGCCAGCCUGGGUGGCCAGGAAGGUGGCAGGAUGGCCGGGAAGGUGGCACUGCUCCUGUGGGCCCAGACCCUCGGCCUCGCUGGCGCCCGGACCACCCAGCUCCUGGUGGACCCGCCCUGGAGGCCGGCGGUGCUGUGGGACCAGGUGACAGUGACUUGCUGGGGCUCGGGGACCACCGGUGCCACCACCUGGUACAAGGACAGGCAGCGGUGGUGGAAGAAGGGACCCAGCCACUUCACUGUCACAGAGAGUGGCACCUACACGUGUGACAGACCUGGCACAGGGCCCAGCCCCCCCAUCUAUGUCUUAAAUGACUGGCUGGUGCUGCAGGUGCCGGCUCGUGUGCUGCUGGAGGGGGACACGGUGACACUGCGCUGCCGGGGCUGGAAGGACGGCACGGUCACUGGAGUACGAUUUUACCACGAGGGGAAGGAUCUGGUGGGGCCCCUCAAUGGGACCGAGCUGUCCCUGUCCCCCCUUCAGCUGCACCACAGCGGCCACUAUCACUGCGGGGGCCGGGUGAACUUUCCACCGUCACCGUGGUGGGAGAUGUCAGCGCCGGUGGCAGUGACAGUGACAGCGACAGUGACAGCACAUGGGGUUCUUCUCUUGCGGGUGUCCCUGUGGGCACAGCCCCGCGGGGCACAGGUGGCCCUGGGGGACCGCCUGGUGCUGAGCUGCACGGUGGCCGCAGGGACAGGUCCCCUGUCCUUCACCUGGCACCGGGGGGGUUCAGGGGAACCGCUGGGCACUGGCUCCCACCUGGAGCUGCACCACACUGGGGACAAGCACAGUGUCCACUACGAGUGCCAGGCCAGCAAUGGGGACAUUUGGCCAAGAGCCCCUCACUUGCCCGUGGCCAAUGCCACCAUCACCCCUGGUCCUCUGUCACACCAGGUGCACUCAGGUGACCCCAUGACCCUGCACUGCUCGGUGCAGGUGGGCUCAGCCCCUGUCACCUUCACCUGGCUGCACAAUGGGGAGGAGGUGGCCCGGGGUCCUGUCCUGGAGCUUGGGAAUGUCAAUGUGACACAUUCGGGCACCUACCAGUGCGUGGCCACCAACCAGCUGGAUGACCACAGCGUGUUCCGGGCACUCAGCCCCAAGCUGGCCCUGGAGGUGACACCGUGGGGACACUGGAACACAGUGGCCGCAGGGGUCAUCGGGUCCCUGUUGUUCCUGGUCCUGCUCAUGGGUAUCAUCGUGGCCUUGCACUGGUGGCAACUCAUGGAUGCCAGGAAGCACCAGGAAAGGACUCCCCCAGAUUCCUUGGCACCCCCCGGGGACGAUCCUCAGACGAUCUACAUGGAGCUGAAAGGGCCACACGGGCAACCAUGGGAACCCAGUGACAUCUAUGAACAUCUACAACAGAAGCUGUGACACCCUGGGAAGCAGGAGGCGCUGGGCAACACUGGGGGUGCUCCCACCAUGGCUCCAGUGGUUGUCCAUCCUUCCAAGGGAGGUGGUGAUGAGUCAGGACACCCUGUGCUCCCCAUUUCCUCUCCCAGUACCCCCAGGGGCUCCCCCAUCCCCUUCCCAGUACCUGCUGGGGCUCCCAAACCCUCAUCCCAGUGCUCUGAGUGCCCUCAGUGACCUCCCCAUCCUCUCCCCGCAGUGCUUGCAGCACACCCAGGGGUUCCCCAUUCCCCCUCCCACUCCCCCUGUUCCAUCCCCCUGUAAAAGAAGCAGUCAGGGAGGAUUCUUUCUGAUCAGUUUCUCAAAUGAAAAUGAAACAGAAACAUGGCAAUAUUAUAUCUGAGAACUGUUUGUUGAUAAAGGUGUGUAAGUGUUCUUACAAAGGGGGAUUAGAAGAGAGAGUAGAGAGGGAAAAAGAGAGACAGAGAGAGAAAGAGAAGACAGGGACAGCGUUACUGCAAGAACACCAGGUGCUCUUGAUUUAUUAAAAUAUUAAUAUCAAUCUAUUAUUAAUAUUCAACUGUGACGGACAAAAGACUCUCUAACAGUUAAAGUUAGGAAGUGUAUGUUUAUUGCGAUGCUCCCUAAUGGGCACUGCAAAGAUCACAGGUAAUUGCAAAAUUUAUUUACAGAAAUGUUGAAUACACAAAAUACAAAUGCAUAUUCAUACCCCUGUCACUUCCUCUUCUCCGCUCUGUGUGCUAAUUGACAACAAGGCAAUUAAGCAUGGGUAGUUUGUUCCCUGAAAUGGGUCGGUGGUCCUUUUGUGAGGACUGGUCACCAAAAGGAGAAAGUAAAACGAGCUCUCCUCAUUCUAAACUUUAAACCUUUUCAAUGCAGAUGUGAUUGAUGGCUAAUAGAACUCCCUGUUUCCUGUUUUCCAGGACUAUUUCAGUGGGUUUCUGGAAACAGGAGGUCUGGUGUUGUAUUGAUUAGUUUCUCUGUUUGACAAGCAAUGAGUUACUAAAUCUGGGGUAGCUUAUCUUAAAUCCGGUUUCUUUUAACCAUCUUCUAACUUUUAAGUGAUUUCAGCAAAGCUUAUCUAUUCAUUUCAACUAAAUCAGCAACAUCUAUUGUUAACUGUAACCUUAGCUUUUCUCAAAGCUUCAAAAGUAGUGUCCCUGUUGGCAUGAGCUCAGCAGAUGGAGCGCGCUUGUGGCGAGCCCUUGUGGCCUUUGUGAGUGGCUGGGUGCGAUUUCCAAGUGUCAGCACCUCCGUGUUUCUGGCAUCAGCGACGGCUGUGGGCUGGCUGCAGGCUGGUGCUGCAGGGCUGGGGCUAUGGGCUGGCUGCAGGGGCUGCUGCUGUGGUGCAGCAGGGUCCUUGCUGCAGGGGCUGCUGCUGUGGUGCAGCAGGGUCCUUGCUGCAGGGGCUGCUGCUGUGGUGCAGCAGGGUCCUUGCUGCAGGGGCUGCUGCUGUGGUGCAGCAGGGUCCUUGCUGCAGGCAGGCACCACAGGCACCACGGCAGAGGCAGGGGGUGCGUGCAGGCAGCCUCCGCUCCUUUGGGGAAGUGCUGGAGCACCAGGUUGUGGCAAACUGUCGCUGUGAGCUUCCCUCAAAAAGACACACGGAGCCAAGAAUUUGGGAGAGUAGAAGCAGCAGGCAGAAUCUCUCCGCUUUGUUUAUUACUUCUUAUUAUAUACUUUUAGCAAGGCGCUCAUGGGUUGGAGAGUGGUAUUCCUACAUCUCAGCCACAUUGGUCAAAGGGACUGUCACACAGUCAUUCCUCUCCAAGAAUAAGAAUGUGAAAACAAUGAUAAUGUUUACAAAACGUAACUGUUGUUUU